AUGGAUGAAAUGAAUGAAGGAAUGUUUCAUUUGUUAUUUGUGAUUGGAAAGGGUUAUGAAUUUUGGGCCCAAACAUUGUGCCUCGGACUCUGGUUCCAUCGUUCACAUCUGCAGAGGAGCCAAAUCCAAGGUUCACAUACACAUCAACUCUGGCUGUCGGAAGAGCAGGGGCGUACAAGCUUACGAAAAGAUGCACACAUUAAGCUUUUCAAUGUGGCAGAGUACGGUGCAAUUGCAGAUGGCAAGGAAGAUAACAGUGUGGCAUUUUUGAAAGCGUGGAGUGAUGCAUGCAAGUGGAAUGGAUCAGCAACGGUUUUGAUCCCAAAAGGAACCUACAUGCUCAAAAGUGUUAUAUUUAAGGGUCCAUGCAAUGAUUCGAUUACCUUCCAAAUCAAAGGUGUUCUGAAGGCUCCAAUAGAUCCAUCUUUGCUCACUGAUCAAAAAUGGAUAAAUUUCAGAUAUAUCGACCAAUUGAAUGUGAAUGGAGGCGGCACAUUGGAUGGUCAAGGAUCUGCCACUCGCCGAAAAUGCAAAAACAAUGCGAAUUGUGAAAUUCUUUUUACAACUAUGGAUUUUGACUUCAUCACCAAUGGCCAUGUCCAAAACUUGCAUUCCAUUGAUAGCAAAGGUGGCCAUUUCAUAGUGUUCGGAUGUGAGAACAUGACCUUCACAGAUCUAACCCUAAAAUCCCCCGAGCACAACCGCAACACAGAUGGAAUCAAAAUAGCCCAAACAAAUGGGAUAAACAUCACCAGUGUGAAAAUUGGCACCGGCGAUGACUGUGUUGCUAUGAUUUCUGGCACUAAGAAUGCUUGGAUUUCAAAUGUUGUUUGUGGCCCUGGUCAUGGAAUUAGCGUGGGAAGCCUUGGGAAGAAUGAUGGAGAAACGGAUGUGGAAGAUAUAGUUGUCAAGAAUUGCACGUUUGUUGGUACUAGCAAUGGUCUUAGAAUCAAAACAUGGGCUGCUCCAUUGAAGAAAACUUUAAACGCUUCAAAUUUUGUCUAUGAAGACAUUGUCAUGAAUAGUGUGCAAAAUCCUAUUGUCAUUGAUCAACAAUAUUGUCCACUACAUCAAUGCGACCUUAAGGAGAUUUCACACGUGCAAAUCAGCAACGUGACAUACAGAAAUAUUCGAGGAAGCAGCGAAACUGAUAUUGCAGUCAAUUUUAACUGCAGUAAAGAUAAGCCGUGUCAAAAAAUAACUCUGGACAACAUUAAUUUGUGGCGUUAUGGUGUUCGUGGCAAGGGAAGACCGCUACUAAGAAAUAAUUGCUUUAAAGUCGAGGGUGCUUCUUAUGGCAAACAAACCCCCCCAUCCUGCAUCGCUCAUCGUGCAACACCUCUUUCAACCUAGCAUUAUGGGAAAAAAAAAAUUACAAGUUUUUUGUAUCUUGCAUGUAAAAAAUGAAAUAAUAUCAUCUAGAAGCAUCCAUUGUUGAAAGGUAUGUUGCAAAAAAACUAUUAAGUUUUGUUAUGUUUGAAAAUAAGGUGAAAAAUAACUUUUGUAGCAAAAGUUUGUUUUGCAAAAGGAUCAUAACCCUUGUUUUUGUUUUUGUUUUCAUUUGAUUUUUAUCAGAUGAAUCUGCGUUGCAAUAAUUUUAACUGCAAACAAAACUUUGAAUG